CUGCACCUUUGGUCUACAGCGUGUAUUCAUAUUCGAGACGAGCAGCCGCGAGGGCUCGCCAAGGAACGACCUGGCGCGCUCCGCCCAGCCCUUUUGCCUCCAUCCACCUGCCGGCUUGCCCUGCAUCUUACUCGCCCUCCGCCUGCCGCCCAAGACGAUGGCCUCGUACUCCUCUGUUCCGACACAGGCGCCGAGCUACGGCAACGAUGAUCUCGCAGCGGCCUCCGUAACGAUCCAGGUCUCAGACUCGCUUGAGGGCCGAAUUGGCCAAAAUCCAACCGCCGGCAGCAGCGGAAGCUACGGCGGCGCCGGGCAGACCUCCAGGGUCAACGAAGACACCCUUGACGAGCCCGUAUCCGUUACCAUCAUGCGCGAUCUCAAGAACAUCUGGGAGAAAAUGAAACUGGUGAUUGUUCCGCACAAGGCCAAUGCCAACAUUCUCCGAGACUGGGAUCUCUGGGGCCCGCUGCUCUUGUGCCUGGUCCUUUCGAUCCGCCUGAGCCUCACGGCCCCCAAGGAGCAAUCUGCGACGGUAUUCACUGGUAUCUUUGUGAUCAUCUGGUGCGGUGCCGGCGUCGUCACGCUCAACUCCAAGCUCCUGGGCGGCAAACUCUCGUUUUUCCAGAGCGUCUGCGUUCUGGGAUACUGCAUCUUCCCGCUGGUGGCUGGCUCGAUUGCAUCGCUCUUUCUGCCGUAUUUCUUGAUCCGGGCCAUCCUGACUGGGCUUGCCUUUGUCUGGUCGUGCUAUGCAUCUGUCGGCUUUCUGGGCGACCUGAAUCUGAGCAACCGCCGUGCGCUGGCUCUCUAUCCCAUGAUCUUGUUCUACUUCAUCAUUGCCUGGCUGAUUCUGAUAUCCAAAUCGAUUGUUGGAUAAUUUCCUGGACGAUUCUUCGAAUGGGAGCAUACGUCGCCUCGAUUGGCACAUGCGACGCCGUCGGUGCAGAUCACAGCCCGAGUUGUGGCUUGUCUUCGCUCGGGCUUCAGUGCCAAUGCGGCGCGUGAGAUGUGUGGAUA